ACAUGACAAUGAAUUGUGUGGGAAAAGUGGAGUGAGAGUUAUGUGUGAGUGUGUACUGCGGGGUCCGUGUCUCGGUCACGGGGCUGGGGAGGCAGCUCCAGCGUCCACGCCGUCAAUUGGCUGCUUUUCCGCCCGACUCCGGUUUGCUUCCGGCGUCGCCUCACAACCUGCAGAACGUGCGCGCACACAGGCGCCUACUCCACGUUAAUAUGUGACGGGGUGGGCGUGCACGGUGCAUCUUGGAGCCAAAGUCCCUCUUAUCGGAAUGUUUGAAGAUUAACGAGGUCGUCGGCGGACGUGCACAUUACUAGCAGCGGGGGCUUGGCCUGUCUCCGGUGGGCCCGGGUAGAGAGCACCGAAGCUACACCGCGCAGCUGCAACCGCGAGACGGUAGAGGACGGGGAGCCAUGGCGGAGAAGCGAAUGUCGCGGUGGUAUUUCGGCGGGCUGGCGUCCUGCGGGGCUGCCUGCUGCACGCAUCCCUUGGAUCUCCUCAAGGUGCACCUACAAACACAGCAGGAGGUGAAGAAGAGGAUGUAUGGCAUGGCUGUUCACGUGGUGAAGAAUAAUGGCGUCCUUGCUCUUUACAAUGGCCUCUCUGCUUCCCUUUGUAGACAGAUGUCCUACUCUCUGACCAGAUUUGCCAUCUAUGAGACUGUAAGGGACAUGAUGGGCAACACAAGCCAGGGACCCAUGCCCUUCUACCAAAAGGUUUUGCUAGGAGCUUUUGGAGGUUCCACUGGUGGCUUUGUUGGCACGCCAGCAGACAUGGUGAAUGUCAGGAUGCAAAAUGACGUUAAACUUCCGGCAGAGCAAAGGAGAAACUACAAACAUGCCAUCGAUGGGCUCUUUAGAGUCUUCAGAGAAGAGGGUGUGAGGAGGCUAUUCUCAGGGGCCACCAUGGCUUCCAGCAGAGGAGCCCUGGUCACUGUGGGACAGUUGGCAUGUUAUGACCAGGCUAAGCAGCUUGUGCUGGGAACAGGGAUGCUUGGAGAUAACAUGUUCACACACUUUCUCUCCAGCUUCAUUGCUGUAAGUAUCACUUUGCCCUUGAAUGGGCAGCAGAGAGAGCAAUACAUCCAUUUCAUUUUCUUUCUGCAGGGAGGCUGUGCUACGUUCCUUUGUCAACCCCUCGAUGUCCUAAAGACCAGACUCAUGAACUCAAAGGGAGAGUACACUGGGGUACGACAUUGCUUACAAGAAACUGCUAAGUUGGGUCCCCUGGCAUUCUACAAGGGCCUCGUCCCAGCAGGGAUCCGCUUGAUCCCUCACACAGUGCUCACGUUCAUCUUCCUUGAGCAGCUGAAAAUAUACUUUGGAAUCCGCAUCGUGUCCUGAGAACAGAUCAUUCUUCAACGGCUCCGCUCUGAUCAUCUUGCGCGAGGAAGAAGGGAAGAAAAGGAAGCCACGUGCAGCCGAUGGCAUCUUGUUCUACCUCUGUCUCAUGGCGUGAGCCUGAAUAUUUUUUUUUCGAAACGAGCAGCGCCACAUUUUGCUAGGGAUUAAUACUGGAACAAACACUUUUAGAAUACUUAUACGUGAAGAGCAUCAGGUUAUUGGAAUGACCUUAUCGGGUAGAUGAACCUGUCCUUAAUCAUUUCAGGUGUGCUGAGUUGUUUUGUGAUUAUUUCAAGCUUACUAUGUUUUAUUGGAAAUGCCUGACUUCAUGAUGACUUAGUUGAACUAAUUCCAAAAGACUGUCAUUUAUGAUUAGAUGUGAAUUUAGGCGAAGAUUGCCAAUAUUAGGCAGACAAAGGUGAGGACAGUUACAUGGCAUAUAUACACUGUAGUAAACAGCUAAUAUCACUAAUCUGUUAUGUAAUUGCUUAUGAUUCAUUCCCACCAGUACUGACCAAAUGUGGUGCAAUCCUAUAUUUGACUUGGUUGUUUAUUUUCGAUCUGGAAACCAAGUCUGUUAGAACCUCCUAGCCCUUUUUCCUCAUGGUGUUUAAUUGUAAUCAUUUGGAGGAGGGGACCCGGUUGUCUCAUCAGCUGUCAUCAUAACAAUGCUACGCCUAACUGGGGCUCGACGCUCUAUUUUAAAUGUCUUUUAAUGAGUAUCGCUGAAGAAGCUGUGCGUGUAGUGUUUCUUGCCAAGCUGACUUAAUGACUCAGGAUUCCCCCAAUGCUUGAAGACGGCACUUUAGUCACACCUGACUAAAAAUGUGCCAGACUAUAACAUGUUUUUGGACUUAAAAUGACCCUCUCGCAUUUAUGUGCCAUCAAUGAACAACUGUGAUGAACAUCUGUCCCCCAUAGAGCCCUUGUCAUGUUGCCUUACCAUGUGUGUCCCCCAGAGGGCAGCAUAGAAGUGUGAUUGGAUUCAAGCUUAAAGCUCCUUUAAUGGUUAUCCGAACAGCCUUGCACCUUCAGCCUAGGAUAGACUUUGAAGAAGAAAACACCAGCUCGACUGCUGCAUGAUAAUGUGACCUGUAUCAGCCUGCUGCUAUGUGUGAGAUAUUUUACCAAGCAGGAAUUAAUGACUUUUUAAAUUAAAAUACUAAUUGAAAUAUGCGUGUGAUUCUGUGUGGUUUGACGGUGUGUUGGCCUUUAAACUUGUAUCUAAAGCAGGGGUCUCAAACUUGCUGUCAAUAUUUUUUGGGGCUUCUCUCUUGGUGCAUUCUCAGGGAAUUCAGUCUAUCACAACCGGACUGUUUGGUUUGUCUUAGAAGACGUUUUGCCUCUCGUUUAAGUCGGCUUCACCAGUUCAUGCUCAUAGACUUAGAUUGGUCUAGUCUAGUCUAGUAGCUGGUGCCAAAACCCCAACUAUUUUUAACACAAGGACCCAGUGGUGGGCCGUCAGGGCCAGCAAGGCCUUCUCUGCUGGCCUAACAUAACCACAAAUCAUGAUCAUAUUUAAAGAUACUAUUAUUUUUUAAAUGUACUUCCCUAAAUAUUUAAAAAUAUUCAUAUUCUCUUCAUGUCAUAUUAUGCUCCUUCCAAUGCUGUUUUUAGGUUAGUUUGUAUCCAAUCAGAAUUCAGCUAGCUUAUGUUGCCAUGCUAUACAAAAUCUGCCCAGAGCCUUCAGAAUCGACAAUGCAGUGCAGUAUGCACUGUAAGUAAAUGGACACAUAGAGUUGAUAGACAGUUGCGAUAGCCAAUCAGAUCACGAGUUGUUGUCAGUAAGGCCUUCUAGCUGGCCUUACGCUGGGAUUGGAUACUCACUUGGGAGUCCCAAGUGAGUAUCCAAUCACAAGUUGCGAAAACAGGAAGUGGCACCGGAACCAUACGAGCCACAGAAAGCCACAGAAAACUCACCGGUACAAUAACCACGAAGAUAAAGUGUUUGUCUUACACCUAGUAAUUCACUGUGGAUAGACGAAGCCAAGCAAUGCCGGUUUAGCGAGCGGUGCGCGCUCCCGCGAAGGAAAUACAUUUUUGGCAGGCAAUCAACAGCGGUGGUGAAAUGGAAAAUGCCCACCACUGUCACACGAAUCAACCGACUACAGCGGUACCACUGGCUUAUACGCCGUCGGAUGGAUACAAUUGUGAGUUCAAAUAUAUUAUUUCCUUAUUUUUUCAUGUUUCAUUUGUUUUAUACAAUUAUUUUAAUUUUGACAGUACCACGUAACGUAUGUUUUAAUUGCUGAAGCGGGUUUAUUAAAUGUUAAAUGCGCCGAAAAAUAGACCCUUUUGUACACUGUUGAGGGGAUUCAAUGCCCAGUAGCGUGCAAGUGUGUUUCUAAAUAGUAUCUCUAGCCGUGUCCAUGUGAAGUGAAUUAUUUUUAUAUAGCGCUUUUCUCUAGUGCAGGGGUGUCCAAAGUGCGGCCCGGGGGCCAUUUGCGGCCCGCAGCUAAUUGUUUACCGGCCCGCCACACGUUCUGGAAAUGCUAUUGCAAAAAUUUAAAAAAAAAAAGUGGAAUGAGGUGAAAUCUAACUAGAAAAAGUUGCAACGUUGACACAAAGCUGCCAUGCAGGCUGUUUUUAUUUAUUUUGUCUAUCUAUAUUUUUCUUUUUUUGUCAUUGCUCAAAAAAUAUAAAUACAUCUAUGUUAUAAUGAAUUAUUGACCUAUUCAAGGCUCCAAUUAUUUCAAAUAUUUCACUUUAAAAUGUUUUAUGUGGAAAAUAUUGCAUAUAUUGUGUGGUUGCCAGACAAAAACAUCAACUUUUUCUUUGACAAAAUAGCAUAAAACAAACAAAAUAAUAGUUCAAACGUAAAAUCGACAGAUAUAUCUGAAGUUGAUCUCGUAACUUAAGUGUUGAAAGUAAAAAAAAAAUGUAUCACUUUAUGAGUGGGGCACCUUUUGGAUCCCAAAUAUAUUUAAUGGGAUUUUAUUUAUCUUUUCACUGUGAUUACUCAAAAAUAAUAAUGAAUUAAAAUCAAUGGUGUCCUGCAUUAUUGAUCUCUUUAAGGCUCUAAUUACUUCACAUCAAACAUUGCUUUCUGAAUGUUUUGGGCAGUGGGGGAAAUUAUAAAAAACAAAAGUUGUCUUUGACAGAAAAGGCAUAAAACCUUUUUUGUUUUUUUAACUAUAGAGAUUUACUGUAAGCGUUAAAUUAAAAAAAAUAAAAUAAUAAUUUGACUUGUUUUUAACAUUUUAAUGACUUAGACCCUUUAUGGUCCCCGGGAGCCCUAAAGGUAAAAACACUAGCAAAAUCCAUAUAUUUUGUUAUGGUUUGAAAUAGAAAAAUAUCAAAAUGGCCCCCGCAUGCUUUAAUUUUUCCGUGUGCGGCCCUCAGUGGAAAAAGUUUGGACACCCCUGCUCUAGUGACUGAAAGAGCUUUUACAUAGUGAAACCCAAUAUCUAAGUUACAUUUAAACCAGUGUGGGUGGCACUGGGAGCAGGUGGGUAAAGUGUCUUGCCCAAGGACACAACGGCAGUGACUAGGAUGGCGGAAGCAGGGAUCGAACCCGGAACCCUCAAGUUGCUGGCACGGCCACUCUACCAACCGAGCUAUACCGCCUCUCAAAAUACUUUUUAAUUUAUGUCACCACGGUGAAGUCGGACUAAGUAGGACAUCACUGAAGGCCUAGGUAAGAAAUGCACGGCUCGCCACUGCGUCUACCUUAGGUCUAUCUGAGAAACUCAAUCAUUUUUCACCAACACAACAUCCCAGUACACUUCAAGCCAGGCAACACCCUGAGAAAGACCUAAAGACCGGCCACAAAAAACAAUCUGGUGUAUGCCAUCCAGUUUAAUGAUGAAUGCACUGAUUCAUAUAUCGGGGAUACAAAACCACCACUAAGCCGGUGUAUGGCACAGCAUAGACGGGCAAACUCUUCAGGUCAACACUUGGCUAUCUACCUGCACCUCAGAGAGGAACAGCACUCCUUUGAGAACAAAAAUGUAGAGAUUCUGGACGGGGAGGACGGAUCGUUCGGAACCUAUGUCAAGGUUGAAUAACCAUUCCUGUACAAAGGAAGUGGUCUGCGACACAACCUGUCUCCCACAUACAACACUGUCCUUUCAACCAUUCCUAAAAGACUCUGCAAUUUGGCCUCCAACAAUUAACAGGAGUUAGAAACAUUCCGGACAAAGAUGCUCUUUUUGUGGCAACUUUUACAACUGAAUGCAAUGCUGACGUGGGUGAUUCCGAAUUAUUUUGGUCUGGUAGUUGUUGUUCUGCCACACAACACCUCAAAUUAAACUCUACCGACUGUCGAUGGCAUUGACACAAGGGUUGCUAUUUUUGCAUCUCAACAGUUUUUUUUGUUUGUUUUUUAUUUUACCACAUUAGGGCAGAAUAAUCCUUGCCCAGGCACACCCUCCUUGUGUUGGAGUAUAAAUAUUUGGGGUUUUGGCACCAGCCGCUUGAUGAGAUCUGACCAAUCUAAGUCUAUGAGCAUGAACUGAUGAAGCCUACACAGAUGAGAGGUGAAACGUCUUCUAAGACAAACCAGAACAGUCCAGUUGCGAUCGAGUGAAUGCCCUGAGAAUACAAUGACCUGGAUGAAUGACAACAUCCAUAGACUCUUAGUCAUUGUGGCCCUUGGCGACAAAUACCUAAAUAUAUUAUGGCAACCUUUAAUUCCACUAUACACGAACCACAAUAACGGUGCAACCAACGUAAAUUUGUUGACUAUUAAUUUUCGUCUUUUGUCAACAACCUGUUUUUUCACAAAAAUAAGACUAUAAUCAAAACAAAUGCAUGUUGAAUAAAUCUAUGAUGAAAUUAACUGACAUUUUAGACAACGAUCACAAAUGUUGACGGUAACUUAAUCCAAUCAUAUUUAAUUUGUUUGGUUUGGUAUACAGUAACAAAUCGGGAGUGAGUUACAAAGGCGAGCUAAGAAAUAUACAGCAAAAUAACAAUAUUCUACUAAUACUGCAUACUAAUUUCAAAAUGCCUGAUAUGUAUUUACUAUAUUGACAUGUGGAGCCACUGCAUCAAUCUUCUCCGUAAUUUCAUGCUACUUUUGUGUUAAACAAAUGCUUUGCAAGUUUAGCCGAAAUAAAGAUACUUUUAGGGAAAAUGUAAAUAUUUGAACUCUUAGCAAUUAUAUUUUACUUCACUAAAUUCACUGUUAAAUUUGGUCGACUAAAACUACACUAUAACAAAAUAU